CUCUGGUCACACUCCUAAACAGCAACCCACAAACAAACAAAAAUAUUGCAGCACAAUAGAAUUAUUAUCAGUAUUAAUUAAAGGGAACACCACCAGCAUAAUUUAAACCGUGUCAACUCUGCGACACCAAUAACAAUUGAACAUUACGAAUCUUCUGGAAAAUCCCAGAAGCAUGCAGUGACGUCACUGGCAAAACAAAAAGAAAACUGCGCAGAAAAUAAACAAGGGAAAUCCGUUUAGGCAAGGUCGAUGGAAAAAGGGGCGGGGAUUUUAAAGAAACUGAUCCCCCAGAUUUCACUUUUACCACAAUUAUAAACUGAUUACAAAUCGAAGUGCAGCGAGUUCAACGUAUUCAGUUCACGAUGACACGCGGCGAUGAGAAACUGCCUCUCAAACAGGCGGAGAUCUCCAUACAAAGGUUUCUGGAUACGGCGAUACCUCACCAUCUGAGCCUUUUGAAAAACCAUCGCAGCAAUAUAGAAAAGAGUCUGGCCCUUGGCGACUGGCAAAAAAUCAAGAAAGAGGAACUCAAUGCCAUGCGGGUUAUCAAACAGAUCAAGAAUCUGCUCCUGGAAAUGGAUGCACUGCGCGAAAAAGUGCGGGAGGAGGAUCUGGAACGCUUUGAUGACCUCAUGCGUCCUGGCAAAGACGAAGCCUUUGCUGGCAUGAAGGAAUUCGCAGAACUCCAACUGAAGUCACCUACCUCCACCUUAAGUUCCCAGUACGACGAGGACCAGGAUGUGACAGCGCAGGAGGUGGAGAUGAGCAGUUUACCUGCCCACCGACACAUACCGCAGCUGCAGCUCAAUUUCCAGCCCGAGGAGCACCAGUUGGCCCAGCGACAGGCCUGUCUGGAUCAGAUGGAAAACCUGCAAAGGGAGAUCUACGAUCUGCACGGCAUGUUCCAUGGAAUGCGGCAACUGACUGCCGAGCAAUCGGUGGCGGUGGAGAAGAUCGCAGACAAUGCCGAGGAAGCUCUGGAAAAUGUUCAACAAGGCGAAUUGAAUCUGCGCCGAGCGCUCACCUACAAGAAGGCCAUGUACCCCGUUAUGGGAGCUCUUCUCGGAACCUGUGUGGGUGGACCCAUUGGCCUGGUAGCGGGCAUGAAAGCUGGAGGAUUGGCUGCCGUGGGCUGUGGCAUCCUGGGCUUCACCGGUGGCUCUGUGCUCAAGGCCAAUCCCAAUGUAAUGCACGGCAAUAUCGAGGAGGAGCAGGCGGAGCCAGAUAGCGAGUCGACCGAACGACUGGAGCUCAAAGAGAAGCCGGAAUGACCUGCCGGAGAAGGCGGCCCUCGAUCCGCAUCCACGGCACUGGCCACUACGCACAUCUGGUCGGCGAAUACGCGACGUUUGGAGGCAGCCACCAGCGGUGUGAUAAGCAGUGUGCGCAGCUAUUGUUCCGUUCAGUAGAGAUUUUACACCGAUUUUAGUUCAAUAUCCCCCAUUUUGUGAUUUUCCAUGUGCAAAGGCAACAACUCCAUUAUGUUUCUAGUUUAAGCGUUGGAUAUUUUGAUAUUCACAUGACUCCGCAACUGUGUGUAGAUUUUAAGGCUUUAAUAUGCAAUAAUAACUCGUAGCUUUAACAACUA